GCAUUUGAGUUGAGUAAGACUUGUUUUUCUUUCUUCGUUUUUUUUUUUUUUUUUAACCUGGAAUUGAGUUGAUCAACAUAAAGGCACCGAAAACUACUUGCUGUCACUUGCUGUCAGAUUCUACAUAGAGCACUUGCAGAGUUCUUCUGGAGACUUGGAGCUUUUUGGAAGUCAAUCAUUCCACAAUGAAGAACUUUCUGGCUUUCAUUGUUGCAAUGGGCAUCAUUGUGACACUGGGUGAUGCAUACUGCUUCUCUAAAAUGCACAAACCUGGGGAGGCUACCAAAGGCUGUACCCUGGAUGGAAAACUAUACCCCUUUGGAGAGAUUGCAAGGACAGAAAAUUGCUUCAGAUGCAGCUGCAGCAAAGAUGGAAUGCGUUGCUGCUCCCUCUUUCAUACUCCCGUGAAUUAUGACAAAGAGAACUGUAAAACUGUUUUCAACAAGAAUAGCUGCGACUAUGACGUGGUGCAGAUAAGUGACCCCUCCAAGUUGUGUCCUAUCUAUUCUCGUGUGGCUGCUUACAGGCUGUCUCCUUAUUGGAAGCCUCAUAAUUCUGCAAGAAUGAAGACCAUCCUGGCCUCCCUUCUUGUUCUUGCAAUCAGUGUGACACCAUCCAAUGCAGAUUGCUUUUCUGAGCCAUUGAAUCCAGGGAUGUCUCAUGGUGAGCAGACAGGUUGUCUUGACUCAAAUGGAGAGCUGCAUGAAUUUGGUACACACUGGACAAACACAGACUGCUACUAUUGCUUCUGUACCUGGAGUGGAAUAGACUGCUGUAGCACCUUUGUAAGACCAGUUGGCUAUGAUGAAGAGAAGUGUGUAAGCAUUUUCAACAAGGAGACCUGUACUUACAAAGUAGUUGAGAAAGAAGAUCAUUCAAAAGAAUGCCCAGCCUAUGCAGCGGUGGGCUAAUAGAGAAGAAUUGUGGAUUUAGGGAAUAUUUCCUCUUUCUGUUUUGUUUUAAUGGUUCUUUCCCUCACAGAAUCAAAAACACUGAAAAAUGUGGCCGUUGAGCAAAAUCAACUCAUGAAAUCUAACACAUAAUAAAACUGAACAUCUACCCACAAGACUUCCUCGGCUUCUCUGCCUUCUGCUUCCCCGUGAAGAAAGAACUGACUUGUUCCUUCCUUGAGAGGACAAAUUAAAGCCAACAUCUUUAAUCAUCCUCAUGAACUGCUAAUUUGAAUUCUUUUCCAGUCACACUUCAGUGCCAGGGAGUAUAUUCUGUUACUCAUGCACAACUGUAUCUUAAAGCUAAAAUAAAAUCAGAUAAAGCAUCAGAAA